GUGCUGCCGUGCUCGGCUGCAGUAUAUAAAGGCGGUCAGCGGUCAAAGCCCACACAGCCGCUCUCAGCGUUACGGGUAUUUUAAUUUAUUAUCACGCCGGAGUAGUUAGACUCUCCUUUUCACCGCCGGCAUCCGCGUCCCCUCAGUACCCGGAGGAGAGGGGGUCCAGCGCGGCGUGACACCGCGAGGAGCGACCAGCAUGGACCCCCAAGCGAAGGAUCGCACCAGCCCGGCGGCGGGGGGCUUAAGCGGGCGCCCGGCCUCUCUCGGAGCUGACGGGGGUGACUCGGAGUCCGGAGCCGGCUCGGAGGAGGCUGCCGUGGGCUGCUGCAGCGACACGUUCAGCAGCCUGCCUGACAUGGAGCAAGAGACUCUGGAGGAGAAAUUAAGGGGACUGGCGUUCAGAAAACAGACGUCGUAUCGGAAAGCGAUCUCCCGCUCAGGCCUCCAUUACCUCGGCCCACCUCAGCCCUCGCUUCCUCCUGCAUCCAACGGCCCCACCAAGGAACUACGUACCUGCGUGGACUGGACGGAGAACGCAGUGAACGGGGAUCACCUGUGGAUGGAGACAAGCUGCUCGGGAGAGCUCUGUUAUCUCGGAGAGGACACCUGCGUGCUAAAGACAGCUAAGUCGGCCCCCAGGAGGAAAUGUGCAGCCUGUAAGAUUGUUGUUCACACCGGCUGCAUGGAGCAACUAGAAAAGAUAAACUUCCGAUGUAAGCCGACCUUCAGAGAGGGAGGAUCCCGAACCCUGAGAGAUAACAUCCUCAGACACCACUGGGUUCACAGACGACGACAAGAGGGGAAAUGUAGACAGUGUGGAAAGAGUUUUCAGCAGAAGUUCUUCCACAGUAAAGAAAUCAUCGCCAUCAGUUGUUCGUGGUGUAAACAGGCCUUCCACAACAAGGUGACAUGUUUCAUGCUGCACCAGAUAGAGGAGCCGUGUUCACUGGGGGCCCACGCCGGAGUCAUAGUACCACCGUCCUGGAUCAUCAAAGUCAGGAAACCACAGAGCUCCCUAAAGAACUCUGCCAGAAGAAAAAAGCGGACAUCUUUCAAACGAAGGACAAGCAAGAAGGGAUUAGAUGAGUCUAAAUGGCGUCCGUUCAUGCUGAAGCCUCUCCCCUCUCCCCUCAUGAAGCCCAUCUUGGUUUUUGUGAAUCCAAAGAGCGGCGGCAACCAGGGUGCCAAAGUGUUACAGAUGUUUAUGUGGAUCUUGAAUCCUCGUCAAGUCUUCGACCUUUCGCAGGGUGGACUGCGCGAGGCGUUGGAGUUGUAUCGCAAAGUGCCAAAUCUGAGGAUCCUUGCCUGCGGAGGAGAUGGCACGGUGGGGUGGAUCCUGUCUGCUCUCGAUGAGCUGCAGAUGAAUCCCCAGCCUCCGGUCGCUGUGCUUCCUCUGGGAACAGGAAAUGACCUCGCCAGGACGCUCAACUGGGGUGGGGGCUACACGGAUGAACCAGUGUCCAAGGUUUUGUGUCAUGUGGAGGACGGUUCGGUGGUGCAGCUGGACAGGUGGAACCUCUUAGUAGAAAAGAGCUCUGCCCAGCCAGAGGAGGGCACACAGAAGCUGCCCUUGAACGUGUUCAACAACUACUUCAGCCUUGGCUUCGACGCGCACGUCACCCUGGAGUUCCACGAGUCCAGAGAGGCCAACCCAGAAAAGUUUAACAGUCGCUUCCGCAACAAGAUGUUCUAUGCAGGAGCUGCGUUCUCAGAUUUCCUCCAGAGGAGCUCCAGGGAUUUGUCCAAGCACGUCAGAGUGGUGUGUGAUGGCACAGAUCUCACUCCCAAGAUCCAGGAGCUGAAGUUCCAGUGCAUAGUGUUUUUAAACAUUCCCAGAUACUGUGCCGGCACCAUGCCAUGGGGAAACACGGGAGACCAUCGAGACUUUGAACCUCAGCGGCAUGACGACGGCUGCAUCGAGGUUAUCGGCUUCACCAUGGCCUCGCUGGCAGCGCUGCAGGUUGGAGGUCACGGAGAGAGACUUCACCAGUGCAGAGAGGUCGUCCUCACUACCUACAAGACUGUACCUGUUCAGGUGGACGGCGAGCCAUGCCGACUGGCUCCAUCCACUCUCCGCAUCUCUCUUCGAAAUCAGGCCAACAUGGUCCAGAAGAGCAAGAGACGCACCUCUGUGCCCCUGCUCAACGAUAUUCAGAAGGUGUGUGCAGCUGAUCUGCGCCGCCUCUCUGCUCCCCCCGACUCCUUCUCUGUUCCUCACGCAGUUCCAGAUCGUCUGCGUCUUCGAGUGAACCGGAUCAGCCUCCAGGAGUACGACAGGCUGCAGUAUGACAAGGAGCGGCUACGAGACAUAUCCAUCCCUGUUGGCAUAGUGGUGGUGAGGGGGGACUGUGACCUGGAGACCUGCAGACUUUAUAUUGACAGAUUACAAGAGGAUUUACACCAGGCGCCAUCUACUGGCCACAGAGUGCACUACCAGGAUGAAAGCAGAGGUGUCCCCCGGACCAGUUCAACCAGCAGACUGUCUCCCAACUGGAGUUUCUUGGAUUCCACGUCAGCCGACCGCUUCUAUCGCAUCGACAAGGCUCAGGAGCAUCUGCAUUUCGUGACAGAAAUCUGUCAGGAUGAAGUGUUCAUCCUGGACCACGAAGCUCCAGUGCUGAGCCAGGGCUCGUCCGCGGGGAUGCCUGAUCUGGUGGUGGAGCCCACUGCCGGCGCUCCGUUGACAUCAGAUGAACAAGCUCUGCUGACAGCUGCAAGUUCUGGGGACCUCUCCACGCUCUCACAGUGUGUGGAUCGAGGCGUCAAUUUGUUGGUCCGAGACUCUGGGGGUUGUUCAGCGUUGCAUUUAGCUGCUCAGAGCGGACACGCAGACCUGGUCCGCUACAUACUGCAACAAGGCUCCAAGGUUCUUCUGGAUUUAACAGACACAGAGAGAGGUGACACUGCAUUGCACAAAGCAGCAUCAGGGAAGCAGCACGCAGUGUGUCGACUACUGGUCGAGGCCGGGGCGUCACUAGAGAAGACCAACUUCCAGGGGAAGACGCCGGCAGACCAAGCCGAUGGAGACGCUGAGCUCGCCGCCUACCUGAGCUCAUCGUCCGCGAGCCACGAAGACCUGGAGACGGCCGUGUGAUCGCGAACACGCUCGCGCACUCUGUGUCGCUCUGGACUCUGCGCGCUCGACGUGGAGAGGAAAACGUUUGGAUUCGACUCUUCGGGCGGAGAAGUUGGAGACGAGCCAGAGGAGAUGAACUGCUUCAGCUCACAGCAGCACUGCAGAGGAGAUUUUACUGGUCUACUAUUUAUUUGUAUUUAUUUAUUCAUAUUCUAUUUAUUGGUUGUGCCGAUUGAGUGAGUGACUGAUCGUAGGACUAUCAGGAUGCAAGUGCAAUUGGACCAGCCGUCACACGUCGUGAGUUCACCUGUUUCUCAUCUUAUAAGGGAUUCAUGCAUAUUUUACUCCCUGAGAUUUCUGCAGUGGUUUAAAGUGUAUAAAGUGUCAUUUCAGCGCUCGUAGGAACAGUAAAAGUUUUUGUUUGUCCCUUAAAACUUGUGCCAAAGACAUUGCACUAGCGUGAUGUCACAUCUCGUCCCAAAUUUCAGUCAUUUUCCCAUCAUCUGUCACAUAGUCCUUCCCUAAACUUUCAUUAAAUAUUUAACUUUCAUUUAUUAUUAAAUAUGCAACGCUAGCGUUUGCAAUCACGUGCUGCCCCCUAAGUCACACAUCACAAAAUAAAACAAACAAAAUGAACAUAUCCUCCCCGGGUACGCUCGUCCUGAAGUGCUUGUAAUGUUUUCCGCUUUCGGCUUCUGGCGAGUCCCGACUCGACGCCACUUCUUAUCCUAUCAGAGUCGUUGCUUUGCCGUGACUCAUAAAAAUGACAAAACGCUUGUCAGAUGAUUCAAAAAUCAUCUCCACAGAGCUUUCUGACUCCUUCAAGCAGCCGAUUACUUCCAGGAACACUCGGUGGACUAAAUGUGUCACAUUUUCUACAGACAAAACCAUGAUUCAGAGCUACGUGUAUAGAUGAGUUUUUAAAAGGUUUUUUAAAAUGAGGCUCUGCUCUUGCCCACUUUUAACAUUUAUUUUCAUUUUAUGUCUGCGUCACUGCAUCAUUUCUCCAACGUCUUGGCAUGUGUUGGAGUCUGAGAGGUUCACAAAGAGACUGCGAUUGAGUUAUUCACAUGUUUAAAAAUUUUAUUGUGGCAAACAUGAUGGAGGGACUUUAUUUUCCCCACAGCAGCCACACACAAAAAAUUACACAAGCUGAUAUUAGACGAGUGUAAAUAUAUUUCUGCCGAUAAAGCCAGACAAAAACCGAAAUAUCACCCGGACGUUCCAAAAUUUCAAGUGUUCGUUUAACUUCACCGUCUGCAAACAUUCCCAAAAAAUGUCCAAAAGUGUUGUUUAUUGAAAGACUUCUGAUGCACAAACUUCAAAUAAGCAGCACACUGUCUUUCCUCCAAAUCCACGUCCUGCAAAUCUCUCGGCUACGAGGGGAAAACCCCCACUCAUGCUCCCAUGGGUGCAACGAGAGCGGUCACCCAGUGAAAUAUGACCCCCUCGCUGAUCUUUAGCCGAUCAGUCAGUGUUUCUUAGUGGUAGAAGCUACAAGUAUUUAGCUCUAUUUGCACUGUCAGUAAACCAAAACAAUUCAAAACAUGGACACAGUUUGACAUUUUCUAGUUAAAGAUUCAUAGAAAAAGAUCAAACCUGGAUGAAUUGUGAAAGCUUUGAACUUUUCUCACAAACUUCUUUUAACUACAGCUUUCUCUCCGAGUACAAACAACACACAGAACAAGUGACCGAGUGGGAUCAUUUAUGACUCCAGUCAUAUCUGUGUAUGUGCUGCUGUGACAUUUUUAUAACCAAUUAUGACUUUAUCAUUUGGAUUGUAUAACAUUUAAUAGAUUUUUAAUUAAAUAUGUCUGUUUUUUAGCAUUAUAAGCUUUGGUUUUACUGGAAAAGUCCAUUUCUAAUCACUACACUGUAGAAAGGCAUGUACGCUAUAUGGACCAAACAUAAGCUGCUCAGCCAUGCAGCUGAAAGACUCUGUUAUAUUGGGACAUUACACACAUAACAGAAACAUUAUGGCUAAAAUGAACACAAAUAGAGCCACAACAAAAAAAUCAUGAAAUCAUAAGUGAUCCCACCUGGUUGUUUCAGUAGCUAAAAUCUCUUGUAGAUACCAAAAAGCAGCAUUUUUUGGCUCUUUCUGGGAUCCCAGAGAGUACAAAAAUAACGGAAUAAUCACAACGUGUUUCAGCAACCAUAAGCUCAUCAACUGAUGGAAAAUUAAUCACAUUUGUGUCAUAGAAAUGCCUAAAAUGUGCCGAUCUCUGUCACAUUUGUGGAUAUGUGCUUGUUUUCUUUGUCAUAUUUCUAAUAUUUUGCUUGUCUUGGUGAGAUAAAGGUGAUAAAGGUUUUGCUCUGGGAGCCGUUUUGUGAAAUUUCUUAGCCAAAACAAAAAACAACAAAAAACCCCCCUCAUAUUUCAGAACAACAUGGGACUCCAACUCUUUUUGUGGACAAAAUUAGCGCUGAACCGUCAAACCAGUGACCGUACCAAGUGAUAGGGAGAGGGGACCAGUAUUAGCCCAGUAUGGAAGGAAUGAAACUAACCCAAGGUUCCCACCGUUUGCGUUUGAAAGCAUUUUUGGACAAUAGACCAGAGUCUGUUUAAAAAAUGGGAGAUUUAAAGUAUUUUCAUUGCAAUGUUUCUUUCAAACUAAGAUUUUAACUUUUCACAGUUCGAUAGUGUGUAUCUGGUACUCCUGAUGUGUGUGUGCGUGCGUGUGUGUGUGUGUGUGUGUGUGUGUGUUUUCAGCAUUUGUCUAAGAAUAAAUUCAAAUCUGAGCCAUAUUCAAUGCAAUAUGAAUAGAUUAUGUCUUCUUGUUUUUGCAUUUCUAUGUUACUCAUUUACAUUACAUUAAUGUUUGUAACAUGGUCGAGCAUUUAGCACCGAGGAGUAUUGAAUGUGCGGUUUUACUUCAGUGCUGGUUGGGUAAAUGAUUCUUGUUUGGUUUGUUCUUUUCUUUUGAGCGCACAUAUGUCAGUGGAUUGAAACGACCCUGUGAGCUCUGCUGUAACUUGCGCUGAUAUUUGCAGAACGAGAUGCUUUCCCAAUUAUUUAAGGGGACAUUGUAAAGAGUCGUGAUCAGCCAUCGUAGAAGUCUGGCUCCCAAAGUCCCAGCUUACGUUUACUGCAGUGGCUUUUCUCCCUUUCCCUCAAAAUUCAAACUAUUAGUCACCAACUUGUGUCCUCAGGUCUGCCCUCAGGAGGUUGGUUUGAAAGGUUUCCGGUACAUCACAGAUUGGCUCUGGAGUCCCUUUAGUGUCAUAGAAAGCAGAUAUCCUAAUAUGGUUAUCUCAGGGAUGAGUAAAUAUGUACUGACAGGGUGUUGGUGCUUUGCAAGCACAACUAUUCCUGUGCAAAGACAAUCCCGCAGAGGCACCUAUUUGUAAAAUAUAUGGAAAAUGUAAGAGCGGUAAAAACAUUUGGAGUAGGAAUACAGCUUGGGUCUAUUUUCACUGCACUCUUAUCAACCAAUCAAAUCGAUCAGAUCUCUCUGCCCUGUUUUACCAAGGGUUAAAACGUAUGAUGAGUAAAGACUCUUUUAUUCCAGAGCUGUAUUGUUUAAACCCUUCGAAUGUUCUUAGAAUUUCUUGACUGAAUCCACACUUUAAACGUCCAGAGCCGAUGUCUCGCUCUCUUUCUCUGCAGAGGUUUCUUGUUGUAGGAUGGCUUCCACAAGCCAGAUAUCAAACUCGGUGGCCUUCCUCCGAAUUUCAGCAGAUUACGUAACGGACAAAAUGUGUGUAAAAUAAAAACACGAACUGAUCAUUUCCAGAAAGUGACUGUGCUCAUGUAAGCUACGUUCGUUCUGAGCAGCGCACACACACACACACACACACACACACACACACACACACACACACACACAGGCUUAUUAUCACUCUUUCUAUUUGGUAGAAACAUGACUUUGAAUUAAACUGUGUCUAUCAUCAGCGUUGGUUAUGCAUGUCCUUUAUUUUCUUACCUCCCUGGGAUUAUGUUCUGGUAAUGGCAUAAAAAAUGGCAUUAUUGAUGUUUAAACUGUUCAAUUGUUAUAAUUUUAAAUGAUUUAUACUGAAGUUUCUUCUAAGGCUGGGCACGUGGUUUUGUUUUGUUUUGUUUUUUUGCUUUUGUAUUUUAUUUUUCUGCUACUGAUGAUGAUGAUGAUGGGAUUACUUGAAGUUUGUUGUUUUUAUUUUGUUAUUUGGUAAAAGAAGAUGUGACGCUGUUG